UAUUUACAAAAAUGAAAGAACCCUAAUUUUACUCUCUCCAUCAUUCGGUGCACCACUUUCUCUCUCUUUCUCUCUCUCUCUCUCUCUCUCGGCCUAAUCUUUUUACAGUCAUCAUCAUCAUCAUCUUCAUCUUCAUCUUCAAGCUCUCAUCUCACAGAUUCGAACUCUUUUCCUUCUUCUUCUUCUCCAGAACUGAGAACUGAGAACUGAGAAGUGUUUAUCUCACCUUUUCACCCUUUUUCAAGAGCUCUGUCUGUGACGAUCCCUCAAGCGCCACUCUGAUCGCGAUCCCUUAACGGACUCAUCUGAUCGUUUCGGACGCCAGUCCGGCACCCUACGAUAUUUGGGCACCGGGGUCUUGCCCAAUGAAAAGCUGCAUUUUAUCUGGAAUGGAUAAAAGUUGUUUACUUGUGUUGUGAGAUUCAGUUGAGUUUCUCAAAAUGGAUAACUCCAAAAAUAGACAGAAUGACCAUUUGGGUGUGAAUAAAUUAGGGAAGAAUAUAAGGAAGAGUCCGCUGCACCAACCCAACUUUAAUAACAAUGCUACUAGACAACAGCCUCAGCCUCAGGUUUACAACAUAAGUAAGAAUGAUUUUCGCAACAUUGUCCAGCAGCUCACUGGUUCCCCAUCACAAGAUCCUUUGCCUAGACCUCCUCAUAAUCCACCAAAACCACAAAGUAUGCGGUUGCAAAAGAUUCGACCACCCCCUCUAACACCAAUCAAUCGGCCCCCUCUUGUCCCUCCUCCUGUACCUAUGUCGGCUGCUCCUCCCCCUGUUUCAUACAACAAUAGGCCUUCUCAAUUUGGACAGCAACCACCUCACAUGCCAUUGACACCUGGGGAUGCAGUUUGGGCUAAUACAGCUGAAUCUCCCAUCACAGCAUACAUGAAAUAUCUUCAAAAUUCAUUCCUAGACCCAUCUCCUAGGGGAAACUUUGUUCCACCCCAUCCACAUCAACAACCUCAUCCACAUCAACAGCCACCUCCACAUCAACAACCACCGCCACCUGGUCAACCUCAGACACAGCAACCAGGGCUACUACCCAACCCCUCCAUGCCUCAUGCUUUCCCUUCCCCUAGAAUGAGUGGCCCUCUACCACCACCACCUGCGUAUAAUUUCCCUUCACCGCAAUUUGGUGGUCCUCCUCUCUUACCCUCUCCAACUUCACAGUUCCUACUCCCGUCCCCAACCGGUUACUUCAAUUUGUUGUCGCCGCGUUCUCCCUACCCAUUGCUCUCUCCAGGGAUGCAAUUUCCACCCUUGACCCCUAAUUUUUCAUUUAGCCCUAUGGGUGGUCAAACAGGGAUUUUGGGUCCAGGUCCUCAACCUCCACCCUCUCCUGGCCUUGUCUUUCCCUUGUCACCAUCAGGGUUUUUUCCCAUCUCAAGUCCAAGAUGGAGGGAUCAAUAGUGGUCACAACAAUUGUCAUCUUUGGGAAGCACUUAUUCACGAGGUAGUUCCUUGUGUGCGUGAAUAGUUCGUAAGAGCUUCUUUCGAAAAAACUGUACUGUAAACUUGUGGAUUAAAACCAACUUUUCUGUUUCUAGUGUCCAUUUAUCCCCUUUUAAUUUGAUUUUGUUGACAACCUUAGUGCAGCUGUUUUGAAUUUUGGAUUUGGUAGGAACUGCUGUCCUUUUAUUUCUUCUUGUACAAGUUUCACAGUGUACACAAUGUAGUGGGAUCAGACAAAACUCAUCUGAACAUUUGGACAGGAGAUAGGAUUACAGACAUUAUAAUUUCUAGGCUCUCUUAUUAUAGAAAGAAAAUUCUUGUAUUUUUGCAUUAUGUUGUAUCAAUUCAAAAUUCCAAGUGAAUUAAUUUUUCAUUUAAAA